AUGGCACCGAAAAAAGACCCUGGUGACCCGGUACUCACGAUCGGAGAUAAGCUCAAAUAUUUUAUGAUCGGACAUUGGCGUGGUGUAGUAGUUAUAAUUACACCAAUUAUUUUGAUAGGUUUGCUGGCUCCUUUCCCAAGCACGAGAUACCAGUGGACCGCUUUCACACUGAUUAUAAUGGCUGUGUUUUGGGUAUCGGAGUGCAUCCCUCUAGCGGUGACAUCAUUUAUACCCGUCGUGAUAUUCCCAUUGGUUGAUGUAUCGGACACUCGGACCUGUUGCACUGCCUACAUGAAUGAUUCUGUAAUGAUGUUUGGUGGCAGUCUGAUCCUAGCGUACUCAGUCGAACAAUCUGGAUUUCAUAAACGCUUGGCCUAUUACACUGUACGAUUGAUCGGUUAUUCUCACUUUAAGUUACUUUUCGCUCUGUGUUGCGUGACUACUUUUGCUUCCAUGUGGAUUACUAACACUGCAGCUACCACAAUGAUGGUUCCCAUAAAUUUCGCAUUACUGAAAGUAUUUGAGGACCAAAAAGUAUUAGUGGUAUUUGAAAAGAACGAAGACGGCGAACUCGUCGCUAGCGACUUUACUUCUUGUUACUUUUGUGCGACUACAUUUUCAGCAACUGUUGGUGGAAUCGGCACCCUUGUAGGGACAGGGACAAAUUUGGUGUUUAAGGGAUUAUUCGUAGUAGCGUACCCGGACGCACCGGAAUAUUUAUCAUUCCCAAAGUUUUCUGCAUUUGCAAUUCCGUACUUAAUAUUUUUAGAAGCUGCCGUAUACUUUUAUAUGAUUGUCCUCUACAUGGGAUUCUUAAGGCCCCACAGUAAAGUCGCCAAAGCUUCCCACAUCCCAGUUACCGCCCAAAAAGCAGCAAAAGCCCAAAUUGAAUCAGACAUCAAGAAAAUGGGAAAAUUAAGAUACUGGGAAGCAAUGGUACUUCUCUUGUUCGGAGGUGCAAUGAUUGCAUUCUUCUGCCGAUCUCCACAACUGUUUCCAGGCUGGGCCGAUAUAAUUCAAGAUUACUAUAAAAUUAAAGAUGCGAAAUUUAUUCGCGAUUCAGCUUGCGCCAUGUUAGUUGGAUUCUUAAUGUUUCUCCUGCCAAGAGACUUGUCUUUUUUCAAAAACUUUACUGCCAAAUUUAAAGAAGACCUACCAAAGGGGAAGACGUUGAGCGUUUUGGAUUGGCCAACACUGAACAGAACAAUGCCUUUUGCAUUCAGUUUUCUGUUAGGUGGUGGUUUUGCAUUGUCAACUGCAGCCAGAACCUCUGGUUUGAAUGCUAAGCUUGGCGAGUCGAUGCAAGCCCUAAAGGAUUUACCAAAUGGAGUUGUGAUUUUAAUUAUAAUCAUCGUUGUUGUGCUAGUAACCAACUUUGCUUCGAACGUGGCUGUAUGCAACGUUUUUACACCAAUAGCCAUGCAAUUGGCAAAGGAAAUCAAUCAGAACCCGCUGUGGUAUGCCAUCUGUUCGGGAUUUGCCGCCUCUUUCUGUUUUAUGAUACCAGUUGGCACUCCUGGAAAUCUUAUAGUACAGAGUUCUGCAAAAGUGCCUACAGGCAAAAUGAUUGUAGCUGGAUUUGGACCGUCCGUUACCACUAUUAUUAUAUCGUGGUUUGCUAUUUACCUUUGGGCACCUGUUAUUUGGCCAGACUUGUAUUUGAUGCCAGGUUGGAUCACGGGCAAGACAGCCCCCCCGGCUGAGAUUUUAUAAGAUUACUUCACUGUUAAGUUUAUUCAAUAAGGUUUGAGUAACUAUAGUUUUACUUUAUAAUAAUAUAAAUGUGGAAAACAUAUGCGUAGUUGCAGUAUGACUACGAUGGCCUCGCCAAGUUAUCCAACGAGAUAGCCAAUAUAUCAAUGGGAUCACCACUAAAUCUAAAUUGACUAGGAUUUCUUUUGCUUACGUCGUAUCGAUAAAGGACUUAGUAAUUUCAUCAUAAUGGUGUUAUGCCAAUUUUCAUCUUUCUGUGAAUUUAUACAAGUGUCGACGUGUAUUUAGAUUGGGCUCUUGGGCUUAAUUGGGAUGUUGCUCUUUCUGAACUGUUUCGUUGGUGACAUUUUAUGGUACAUUUUUUCGGCUGGUGUCAUUAUAAUGUAGGUAAUUUAUAAAUGUUUGAUCACAUCAUAAAAAAAUUGUAAUAAUUUGGCGACGUUAUUGUAACGUAAAGCAUAUCUAGUUUGUUUGAUGAUUCCGCAUAAGUUUUGUUUUUCAAUAAAUAAAAAUACAUUGCAUUUUA